AUGGCGGCCGCCGCGCUCAGGGGCCAGCUCAACGCCCUCCUCGACUCCAUGUUUGCCACGGGUAUUGUGGACGAGGCUUUCCAACACCUGCGGUCGGUGGAGCAGGAGGGCUUCCUCGUCGAGGUCGUCAACCUCUUCCUUCACGACGCCGACAACAUCCUCAACGAAGUUGCCUUCCGGCUGAACCAGCCCGUGGUGAACUUCGACAGCGUGGGUGCACUGGUGCAUCAGCUCAAGGGGUGCAACGGCAGUGUUGGUGCUAAGAAAGUGAAUCUCUCCUGCACCCACUUCCGUCAGUUUUAUGAGGCACAAAGUAAAGAAGGGUGCCUCAUGUCAUUGGACCUUAUUAGGAAUGAGUUUUAUGAUGUGCGCAACAAGCUACAAACAAUGAUUCAGCUGGAGCAGCAGAUCGCAGCCAUGGGUCCUCAGUAG